GUUGGGCGCGCGGUGCACUGUGGGGCGGUGGGCUGUGGGGAGAGGGAGUUGCUCAUGGCGGCCAUUGGUGUACACCUGGGAGCCACCUGUGCCUGUGCUGCCGUAUACAAGGAUGGCCGCGCCGACGUGGUUGCCAACGACGCCGGGGACAGAGUCACUCCUGCGGUGGUUGCGUUCUCGGAGAGCGAGGAGGUUGUUGGCUUAGCUGCAAAGCAAAGUAGAAUAAGAAAUAUUUCAAACACUGUAGUGAAAGUGAAGCAGAUCCUGGGGCGGAGCUCUGGUGAUCCACAGGCAGAGAAAUACAUCGCAGAAAGCAAAUGUUCAGUAAUUGAGAAGAAUGGAAAACUUCAAUAUGAAAUAGAUAAUAAAUUUAUUACCCCAGAAGAUGUGGCAAAAUUAAUUUUCAGUAAAAUGAAAGAAACUGCUCAGUCUGCACUGGGCUCAGAUGUGAAUGACGUUGUUAUCACUGUACCAUUUGAUUUUGGAGAGAAUCAGAAGAAUGCCCUUGGGGAAGCAGCUGUAGCUGCAGGAUUUAACGUUAUGAGAUUAAUUCAUGAACCAUCUGCAGCUCUUCUGGCUUACGGAAUUGGCCAAGAUUCACCCACUGGGAAAAGCAAUGUGUUGGUUUAUAAACUUGGUGGAACAUCACUUUCUAUCACAGUCAUAGAAGUGAACAGUGGGAUAUAUCGUGUGCUUGCUACGAACACAGAUGAUACUAUUGGUGGUGUUUGCUUCACAGAAGCUCUAGCACAACACUUAGCUUCUGAAUUUCAGAGGUCUUGUAAACAUGAUAUUAGAGGAAAUCCCAGAGCCAUGAUGAAGUUAAUGAACAGUGCUGAUAUUGCAAAACACUCUUUGUCAACCCUGGGAAGUGCAAACUGUUUUGUGGAUUCAUUGUAUGAUGGAUUGGAUUUUGAUUGUAACGUGUCCAGGGCCAGGUUUGAACUUAUCUGUUCUCCACUUUUUAGUAAAUGUGUAGAAGCAAUUAAAAAGCUCUUGCAGCAAGUUGGAUUUACAGCAGAUGAUAUUAAUAAGGUAGUCCUGUGUGGUGGGUCUGCUCGAAUCCCAAAGCUACAGCAGCUGAUCAAAGACAUUUUUCCAACUGUGGAAUUACUGAAUUCAAUUCCUCCAGAUGAAGUUAUUCCCAUUGGUGCAGCCAUAGAGGCAGGAAUCCUGCUAGGGAAAGAGAAUCCUUUGUUAGAAGAAGAAGCACUUAUUGAGUGUUCUGCCAGAGAUAUUCUUCUUAAGGGAGUGGAUGAGUCAGGGGCUGACAAAUUCACAGUGCUGUUUCCGUCAGGGACACCACUACCAGCCCGAAGGCAGCACACCCUGCAUGCUCCUGGAAACAGUUCCUCCGUGUGCCUUGAACUGUACGAGUCACUGGGGAAAAGCCCCCUAAGUGAAGAAGGUAAAUUUGCACAGAUUGUACUCCAGGAUUUGGAUAAAAAGGAGGAUGGCCUACAUGAUAUACUGACUGUCCUCACUAUGAAAAGGGAUGGCUCCUUACAUGUUACCUGCACGGAUCAAGAUACUGGAAAGUGUGAAAUCAUCACUGUUGAAGUGGCAUCAUAGUCUUUUUGGGGAAAGAAGUUGAUUUUUGUCUUUUGUUGGCUGUUCUGCCAAAGCACUGACCCCGAGAUGUCAUUCAUGGAUCUUACAGGACUGUAAUAAACUGUCAUAGUAAUUUGCCACA